UCCUAUGGCCCAGGGUGUCGCACCGCUACACCAUCAUUAUCAUUAUCACCGCCAUCGGUUAUUUCGCAAGUGAAGUGCCAGCGAGAAUAAUUUAAAAUUUUAAAUAAAAUACUAUCUGCGCUAAAUGUCAUUUCAUACACUUACAUUAUAAAUCAUUGUCUUUAUUUUUUUAUCAUUUUGUUUUAACUGUAUUAUGUAUUUUUUUUUCAUUUAUUUUUUGCCGUACCCGUUCUCGUAUCUCGGUUUACUAAACACAUGAAUACUCUGGGCUUUAUAUAGUAACUCAGCUCUAUACUUGAAUACUAUACACAACAGAAUAGAAUUGGAUACGACUAUUCUCGGGCUUUAUGGUAUGGAAACACACAAGUGGAUGAUACAUAGACAGUCUUGGUGUUGACCUCACUGCUAAUUUUUAAAAAAAUUUUAAAUCUUAAACACGAUGGAUCCCACGGACAUGGAUGCUGAGUUCGAAACACCAUCCAAGUGUUUGAUAUUACUUUGUUUAAUAUGGAAGUUUUUUAAAUGUAUAUUUUCACAUGUGACACUUGUAUCACUUGUCGUAGCUUAUUGCGUUCUCGGUGCUUAUGCAUUUGAAAGACUCGAGUCUGGAUAUGAAAAAGACGUGAAGCGUAGCAUAAAAGACAUCCGUGGUAAUGUCACUGAAAAGUUAUGGAUAAUGACACAAUCGGCGGAGAUACUUAUUCGUAAAAAUUGGACGGAUGAUGUAGUAGAGAAAUUGCGGGCUUUCGAAACGGAUCUUUUGAAGAAAAUGAAAAAAGACGGCUGGGAUGGAAGCGAAGAAGAGGAUGAAAUACAGUGGACUUUUGCUGGUGCUCUAUUUUACUCAAUCAUUGUUAUCACAACGAUAGGGUACGGUCACAUUUCUCCAAAGACUCCAAACGGCAAGGUCGUAACUAUUUUCUAUGCUAUACUUGGCAUACCCCUGAUGUUACUGUGCCUAUCUAAUAUUGGGGAUGUCAUGGCCUCGAGCUUCAGAUUUCUUUACUGGAAAAUUUGUUGCUAUGUUUGCACACGACCGCCUAAGCCACGGCGUGUACGGAACAGCCACUUAGCUCGAGGAUAUAGCCUUCGUCAGGGAUCUGGUCGACCUGGAUCAAGACCGGCUUCAUUACGUAGGUCCGUUAGGGCAAGUCAUAGAUCGACAGACUCGGUUCUUGGUCAUUCAGGAAGUAUGGCCCGAUCAACCCACUCUGAGGCACUCGCUGCUGGAGAGUCUCAUCGAUUCAAUCCUCCGCGUCGUUACGACGUCGAUGGCAACUUUAAUGACUUUACAAAGCGAUCCACUCUGCCGGGCAGUGCCUCACCUCGUCAUCUGCAGUCAAUUAGUCCCAUGAGACACGCGUAUGACGUACCGGGCACCUCGACAGCACCGAGAAUCCUCAGUAGCAACAGUAGGAGAGCCCGCAGUGGGACAGCGACCUCGCACACUCCCGGGACAACCCAGUCGCUUGAUAGACGAUUGCUCUUUGCUCCAAAUGAUAUUGAUGAUCGUACACCAGUGCUUUUCAACAAGUAUGCCCUAGAUGAGCCGUCAUGCUUACCAAGACAUCAUCCAGAAACUGAUAAUCAAAAUACUGGCCUCUACGAUGACGUUCAUCCAUCACGCCCGAGUAUCGCGACGAAAAGCAGACUCAAACCAGAUAACGUGGUCUCGUCCACAUUGCCUCGUGUCGAGCGAUCUGUGAUAACGCCACGCAGAUGUUACUCGGUGGAUCCUUCCGCAGUUGCCAGUGAGCCGAGUCCAUAUCUCGAGGUCUCACGACCUAGAAGAAUUCCCAGCGGUGGAAUACGACGUCCCCGUAGCAAUCUUAGUUCUACUUCCCGCACACCCAGAAGAGAGGCACCAUCGCCGCGUAUCAUGUCCCCCAUGGGCUUUGCCGUCCAUCGUCAAGUUUAUGCCGACGAUAUUGAAUAUGACGAGUAUUUGAUGCCUGCUGAAGAUCAAACAAUAAAACCCGUUCCAAUUUGGCUCUGCGUAUUUCUGGUCGUUAGUUACAUAUUAGGCGGUGCUGUUUUAUUUAACGAGUGGGAAAGCUGGAUCUUUCUUGACUCGGCAUAUUUCUGUUUCAUUACUCUUACAACCAUAGGGUUUGGUGAUUUCGUGCCGGCUCACAAACUUAAUGCACAUCAGGGAAUUGCACUCUGCUCGCUCUACCUCCUCUUCGGUAUCGCCCUACUUGCAAUGAGUUUUAAUUUGGUUCAGGAAGAAGUAAUUACAAAUGUUAAGAGCGUCGCUAAACGGCUGGGUAUCAUAAAGGAGGAUGAAGAUGACGACGAAGAUGACAUCGAUGACAACGACGUUGACGUAAUUAACGACGAAUAUGAAGAUGGAAAUUACGACUGCGAGUACGCUGAAUAUCCAGGCAACCAUCGCGGUUACAGUUACGGUCAUCAUGAUCUCGAGAUGUCAUAAAAUAAAAUAUUUGAUAAUUAUAAAUUUAUACUUAGAUAUUAAAUUAAUUAAAAACUUCCGAUUGUGUGGCAACACGAAGCUCAAUACAAUAUUGUAAUUUAUUGAAAUACUGUUUUGAAAGUUACCAGUAUAACUUUUUACACGCCU